AUGACAAGCAAUUACGCUGAAAGUUUCAACAAUAAGACCCGGGACGCUAGGAGCUUUCCGAUAACUACAUUCGUCGAAUUUAUUCGCUUCACACUACAGUCCUGGUUCUGUAAUAGGAGAGAAACUAGCGAGAAGACAACUACCACUCUUGCACCGACCUAUGAGAAAAAUUUGGUGGAUAUGGCUGAGAAAGCUCAAUUCUUGAUUCCUUAUGCAAUAGGGAGGCAUGAGUUCCAUGUGUUAGAUGGUGAGCUGAAUGGUGAAGUCGACCUCCUGAAUAAGACAUGCACAUGCGGUGUGUUUCAGAUUAUUGGUAUCCCAUGUGCUCAUGCACUAUUUGGAUCCCUUAAGCGAGGGGUGAACUUUUAUUCGUUGUGUUCAGAUUACUAUAAAAUUGAGACAUGGAGGUCCUCUUACACAGAAUCUAUACAUCCUACUGGUAACGAGGAAGAGUGGAUUGUUCCACAUGACAUUAUGACAAUAACAGUGAGAACACCUGCGCAGAAAAACCCGGUUGGUCGUCCAAAGAAGAAACAAGGUAGGCCUAAGACGAAACGCCAUCCUUCCAAUGGAGAUAAAUUGGUUGUUCCACGCAAGUGCAGCACUUGUGGAGGUCUAGGCCAUAAUAGGGCAACUUGUAAAGUUCGUGUUUGA